CCGCAUAAAAUUCAUUGAAAUUCCCCUCCAUACAUCCCUCCAUCUACCUUCUGACCCAUCGUCCCCCGAACAAAUUCUCCCGCAACCACAAGUAAUCCUUAGGAAUUUGUUCACUUGAGAAUCAUCUCUCAAAAUGGCGGAAGAAGUUUACGAUGGUGCCAUCGGCAUUGAUCUAGGCACGACCUACUCCUGUGUCGCCGUCUACGAGGGCAACAAUGUCGAGAUUAUCGCCAACGAGCAGGGUAGCUUCACUACCCCUUCAUACGUCUCCUUCAACGAGAAGGAACGUUUGAUUGGUGAGGCCGCCAAGAACCAGGCUGCCAUGAACCCGCGAAACACCGUUUUCGAUGUCAAGCGUUUGAUUGGUCGACCCUUCAGCGACCCCAUCGUCAAGAAGGACAUUGAAUCAUGGCCCUUCAAGGUCGUCGAGCAAGGCACCAACCCCGUUGUCCAGGUCGACUACCUAGGACAGGAAAAGACUUUCUCUCCCCAGGAGAUCUCUGCCAUGGUUCUCGUCAAGAUGAAGGAGAUUGCCGAGACUAAGCUCGGAAAGAAGGUUGAGAAGGCAGUUGUCACCGUACCUGCCUACUUCAACGACAACCAGCGUCAAGCCACAAAGGACGCUGGUUCUAUCGCAGGUCUUAACGUUCUGCGUAUCAUCAACGAACCUACCGCCGCUGCCAUCGCGUACGGCUUGGGUUCCAACAAGUCUAACAAGGAACGUAACGUUCUCAUCUACGAUUUGGGUGGUGGUACUUUCGAUGUAUCCCUCCUUAACAUCCAGGGUGGUGUCUUCACUGUUAAGGCCACCGCUGGUGACACCCAUCUUGGUGGUCAAGAUUUCGACACCAACCUUCUCGACCACUGCAAGAAGGAGUUCCAGCGCAAGACUAAGAAGGACAUUUCUGGUGACCCGCGAGCCCUCCGAAGACUUCGUACUGCUUGUGAGCGUGCCAAGCGAACCCUAUCCAACGGUGCCCAAACCACCAUUGAAAUCGACUCGCUCUUCGACGGCGAGGAUUUCUUCCUUCAGAUCACCCGUGCCCGAUUUGAGGACUUGAACGCCAAGGCCUUCAACGGUACCUUGGAACCCGUUGCCCAGGUUCUUAAGGAUGCGUCCACCGAGAAGAGCGCUGUCGACGAGAUCGUGCUUGUUGGUGGUUCUACCCGUAUCCCCAAGAUCCAGAAGCUUCUCAGCGACUUCUUCGAUGGCAAGAAGCUUGAGAAGAGCAUCAACCCCGACGAAGCUGUCGCCUACGGUGCCGCCGUCCAGGCCGGUAUCCUCUCCGGCAAGGCCACGUCUGCCGACACUUCCGACCUUCUCUUGUUGGAUGUUGUUCCUCUGUCCCUCGGUGUUGCCAUGGAGGGUAACAUCUUCGCUCCCGUCGUGACCCGUGGUCAGACCGUCCCCACCAUCAAGAAGCGCACAUUCACCACUGUCGCCGACAACCAACAGACUGUGCAAUUCCCCGUUUACCAGGGUGAGCGUGUCAACUGUGAGGACAACACCUCUUUGGGAGAGUUCACUUUGGCUCCUAUUCCCCCCAUGCGAGCUGGUGAGGCCGUUCUCGAAGUUGUCUUCGAGGUCGACGUCAACGGUAUCCUCAAGGUCACUGCUACUGAGAAGACCUCCGGCCGCAGUGCUAACAUCACCAUCUCCAACUCUGUUGGUAAGCUCUCAUCGACUGAGAUCGAGAGCAUGAUCAACGACGCCGAGAAGUUCAAGAACAGCGACGAGGCUUUCAGCAAGCGAUUCGAGGCUAAGCAGCAACUCGAGUCCUACAUCAGCCGUGUCGAGGAGAUCAUCUCGGACCCGACCACCUCCCUCAAGUUCAAGCGUGGCCAGAAGGACAAGAUCGAGCAGUCGCUCAGCGAUGCGAUGGCCCAGCUCGAGAUUGAGGAGUCGUCUGCUGAUGACCUAAAGAAGAAGGAGUUGGCGUUGAAGAGACUAGUGACCAAGGCUAUGUCCUCAAGAUAAGCUGCUCUUUCAUCGUUCGGCGAGUUUUAGGUCAUGGAUUAUAGAUGGGCGGCUGGUUAGGUUCCCUAGUGUGUCAUAGGUGGCACUGAUGCACAUCUAUACGAUGAUGGAUUGGCAUUGGCAUCCUGAGAGUGGAAAAAAGGGAACUCGUAUGCUUUGCUUGGUUUGGCGAAGCAGGGAGGAAAACACAUAAAAGUCUUCCGGGUGGUUUCCGCACUUCCGAAC